UUUUUCUCCCUCUCUCCCUUCCCUUUCGAUCCACUACAGUGCACUAAGGCCUUCGUCAGCGAAGCCGCGUGGGUCAGCUGUGUUGCCUGAACUUCCGUAUUUCACCCGACGAACUUGCGCAACCCUAGGAUACCACGAUGAAGAGCAGCAUGAACGCGAAGCAGAUACGGCAGGCCUAUAUCGACUUCUUCAAGAGCAAGGGUCACGAAUAUGUCCACUCGAGCUCGACGAUACCCCACGACGAUCCGACCUUGCUCUUCACGAAUGCCGGAAUGAAUCAGUUUAAACCGAUAUUCUUGGGAACAGUUGAUCCCAACAGUGAUAUGGCGAGAUGGGUGCGCGUUGUUAACAGCCAGAAGUGUAUUCGAGCUGGUGGAAAGCACAACGAUCUGGACGACGUUGGUAAAGAUGUUUAUCAUCAUACUUUCUUCGAGAUGAUGGGAAACUGGUCCUUCGGCGAUUACUUCAAGAAAGAGAUAUGCGCCUGGGCCUGGGAAUUUUUGACAGAUGUGAUGAAACUACCGGUUGACAGAUUGUAUGUGACAUACUUUGGUGGGGAUGAUAAGAGUGGAUUGGCGCCGGACAACGAGUGCAAGGAUCUGUGGCUUUCUCUUGGAGUACCUGCCUCGCACGUUUUGCCGGGCAACAUGAAGGAUAACUUUUGGGAAAUGGGCGAAACUGGGCCGUGCGGACCAUGCAGUGAAUUACAUUACGAUCGUAUUGGUGGUAGAGAGGCAGCUCACCUUGUAAACAUGGAUGAUCCCGAUGUGCUAGAAAUCUGGAAUCUCGUAUUCAUUCAAUAUAAUAGAGAAUCAGACGGCAGUCUUAAACCGUUACCAAAAAAGCAUAUAGACUGCGGCUUAGGUUUAGAACGACUAGUAUCAGUGAUUCAAAAUAAACGCGCUAAUUACGAUACUGAUCUAUUCAUGCCUUUGUUCGCCGCGAUUGAGAAAAGUACAGGCGCUCCACCCUAUCAAGGCAAAGUAGGAGCUGACGAUGUUAACGGAAUCGAUAUGGCGUAUAGAGUUUUGGCUGAUCACGCUCGAACUAUCACAAUUGCUUUGGCGGAUGGAGGAAUGCCUGAUAACACUGGUAGAGGAUACGUGCUAAGAAGAAUUUUACGGCGUGCCGUACGCUACGCAACUGAGAAAUUAAAUGCUAAGCCAGGAUUCUUUGGAUCUCUCGUAAACGUAGUGGUGGAUCUUCUCGGUGAAGUUUUUCCAGAAGUAAAGAAAGAUCCACAAAGUAUUGUUGACGUCAUCAACGAGGAAGAGGCUCAAUUUUUGAAAACUCUAUCGCGGGGUCGUAACUUGCUGAAUAGGACGAUAGCAAAGCUGGAAUCGGCUAACACUGUGCCAGGUGAUGUCGCGUGGCGCUUAUACGAUACUUACGGUUUCCCGAUAGAUCUCACUCAGCUAAUGACCGAGGAGAAAGGAUUGAAAAUUGACAUGGCAGGCUAUGAAGAAUCUAAGAAACAAGCGCAGUUAAUUUCUCAAAAUAAAGCCGGUGGUGUAGACGAUCAAAUUAAUUUGGAUGUCCAUGCCAUUACUGAACUGCAAAAGCAAGGCGUUAAACCUACAGACGAUUCUCCUAAAUAUAAUUACAAAGUAACAAACUCUGUUAAAUAUGAGGAAUAUGAAUUUGCACCCUGCACUGGUACCGUAAUCGCAUUAAGACGCGCCAAGACUUUUGUCGACCAAGUAUCUUCUGGCGAAGAAGUUGGAAUUUUACUGGACAGGACGAACUUUUACGCGGAGCAAGGAGGACAGAUAUACGAUGAGGGAUUUUUAGUGAAAGUCGAUGAUGAGGCUACAGAGAUUCGCGUGAAGAACGUUCAAGUCAGAGCCGGUUAUGUGUUACACAUUGGUACCGUGGGCGAAGGCACAUUAAGAAAGGGAGAUAAAGUCCACGCGAAUGUGGAUACAGAACGUAGACGGCUUGUGAUGGCUAAUCAUAGUGCCACGCACGCCCUGAAUUAUGCGCUUAGGAAGGUCUUGGGAACGGAAGCCGAUCAGAAAGGAUCAUUGGUUGCACCUGAUAGGCUUCGCUUUGACUUUACGAACAAAGGACCAAUGACGGGAGGACAAUUGAAAGACACGGAAUCAUUUACCAACGACAUGAUCCAAGCAAACAAGAAAAUUUACGCUAAGGAAAGCAACUUGGCUAUAGCAAAAACUAUUCAGGGUUUGCGUGCGAUGUUUGAAGAGACGUAUCCUGAUCCGGUACGUGUUGUUAGUAUGGGCAUACCGGUUGAGAAUCUAGAAAAGGAUCCCUUGAGUACAGCUGCUCUUGAAACCAGCGUGGAAUUUUGUGGGGGAACGCACUUACAUUACACUGGUCACAUAGGUGAUUUUGUAAUAGCCAGUGAAGAUGCUAUCGCUAAAGGUAUCAGACGCAUAGUAGCGCUCACUGGACCGGAAGCGACAAAAGCAUUAAGAACGGCAAGGAUCUUGGAAAAACAGUUAUCUCAGCUUCAGGCAACGAUAGAAACUGAUAAGUCUGGAACGAACUCUAAGGAAUAUGUGAAAAAGAUAAUAGAACUAACGGAGGAGAUAUCCCAUGCUCUCAUUCCUGCAUGGUGGAAGGAUAACGUGCGCAACACGUUGAAAGAAUUAAAGAAGUCUCUCGACGAUAAAGAACGGGCAGUUAGGGCAGCUGUCACCACCACGGUUGUACAAACUGCUCAGUCUAUAAUAGAGUCUAAAGUGGGAUGCCAAGUGUUAGUCGAGGUGCUGGAAGCCUACAAUAAUACGAAAGCUCUAGAUUUGGCAUUGAAGAAAAUCAGAGCUAUAUCGCCAGAAACUAGUGCCUUGCUUAUAAGCGUCGAUCAUGAUGUCAAGAAGAUAUUCGCUCUCAGUUCUGUUCCCAAAUCCGCGAUAUCCAAAGGGCUAAAGGCAAAUGAAUGGAUUCAGGCAAUUGCGUCUUUGAUGCAAGGUAAAGGAGGUGGAAAACCCGAAUCUGCGCAAGCUUCGGGCACAAAUAUAGCAUGUUUGAAAAAAAUAGUAAGCAAAGCCAAUGACUUUGCCAACCAAAAGCUUGGGAUUAUAGACAAUAAAACUGCUAAUAAUACUACUCGUAAGACCUCCGAAACUUUUCGAUUACUUAACACGGAAUCUUCGUCAAAAUUGGUACUUUACGGGAACACUGGGAGCACUAAAUGCUAUUUAGCACAAAUAAUCGCACAAUACAGCGGCAAAUGUUUGACUAUUAAGCAAGUUAAAGAUAACAAAAUAUGUUCUAGCGACAUAAUUUUAGAAACAGCAGAUGUUACGUUACACAAUAGCAAUGCCAUUGCGUUCUUUUUGUCAAAUUCGCAGCUACGGUGUGAAGACGAUUUGUUCGCAUCCAGUCAAGUUUUGCAAUGGAUGAGUUACGCGCAAAACCACAUUUUACCAGCGGUUAGUGGUUGGGUAGUACCGUCACUUGGCGUUUCUGUAUCGAAAGAUAUGAAAGCAAAUAUGAAAAUUUCUAAGGAAGAUCUUCUUUGCACUGUGAGAAGGCUGGAUGAUAUACUACGUACGAGGACGUACCUGAUAGGAGAAAGGGUCACUCUUGCGGAUAUAUCAGUUUUUACAGCGUUGCUGCCUUUGUACGAAUAUGUGUUUGAUCCGCAUUAUAGAAAGCAAUAUACGAAUUUAAACAGGUGGUUUUCGACCAUCCUGAAUCAACCGCAAGUAAAAUGUGUAGUAAAGAAUUUUGCAUUUUGCGAAGAAGCUACGCGCUGUUGACGCUUGCGAUAAGGACUCUCAUUUUUAUACACGUCUUUAACAGAUUUAUUAUAUAAGAAUUACAUCGAAAGUUCAGUGUUUUCUUCUGCGUUAACU